AAACAUAGUAUUUUAAGGAAAACAUGUCACUAGCUUAUAAUAUGAAAAAUUGUCCUCGUACUGUUCCACUUGAUCAUUGGAAGAUUCUUAUUCAAUUUUGGAGCAUUGAUAUGAUUAAGGAACAAAGCAAGAAGAAUAAAGCUAGUAGAGCAAAGAAUACAAGUCAACAUACAACAGGUUCAAAAACAUUUGCUAAAAUACGUGAAGAAGAGACAAUGAAAAAUCCUGAUAGAAGAGAACCAUCUCGGGUGAACAUGUUCUUUUUAACACACAAGCCAAGAGAUGAAAAAUUAAUGAGUGAGGGAACAAGCAAAAUUUUUUUAGAGCUUGAGGAUGCCAUAGCUUCACAUCCUGAAAAAUUAGAAAGUACAAACCAAGAUGAUAUACUUUCUCAAGUGUUGGGAAAAGAUCAACCCGGUUGUGUCCGAACUUAUGGUAGAGGUGUUGUAGCUUCAGAUUUGUGGGGACCUAAAUCUCAAGUUGAGACGGAGAGGUUAAUUGAAGAAGUUAAAGAGGUUAAUUUAUGA